CACCGCGCCUCCCCGUCCGGGUGGCGGGUCGGGGCGCCGCGCGCGCCGCGGAGAAACGACCCGACGCCCGGGGGAGUCCGCGGCUGUGGGUCGGGAGCUUGCGGUCGGCGGGCGGGGAGAGUCCCUCUCGGAGAUUCUGGAACCGCGAAGGUUCUGGUCCAGCCCGCACCCGGGACUCUGACUUCCUGCGCUGGUGGCCGCUUAGCGCGGUAACCAGCGGAAGGUUACUUCGCAGCUGGUUAGAUCGAUAGCAGAUGUGCAGACAGAAAAGACCCGAAAUACAGAAGCUACGUCUCUUUGAAAGUUUUUUUUUUUUUAAAGAUGCAAUGAUACUUGCCUCUUUAUGAAAGCACGCGGGCGCAAUUCUAUGUAUGCAUUUAAAAAAUACAAGUACUUCUGCACUGAUUGCAAAGGCGCUCUUUAUCGAGGUGACGGAAAUAUUCCUUAUCUCCUCUGUGGGUCAUGAUGACACAGAGGAAUUAAGUUGUAUGGUAAAAAAAAAAAAAAAAAAAAAGCCCCAAACCACCGAAAACCCGGAACAUAAAGGUGCAUGCAUGCGAAAAGUUAUUCAGUAACACUGCACACGACGCACAUGAAGGGGACCGAGGUGCAGCCGGAGACGCGUGUUGGUGCCACUAAUCGCGGCUCCCAAGGGUUAUUUAUGUUCCAAGCCGGGAGCGGCUUAUUGAGCGAACGCCACGGUGCCUGACGUCACCCGGAGGGGCGGGGCCGCGGCUUGGGGCCGCAGAGAAAAGGCGGCGGGACCCGAGCGGUCGCAGCUGCCUGGCACGGCCUCGGCAUGAGCAACUACAACGCGUCCGAGUUCCAGGUCCUCUGUAGCCCCGGCCGGCUGUUCCUGCAGCCGCUCUGGGACAGCCUGCGGGCCCGGGAGGCGCUCCUGCUGUCGCCCUUCUUCCCGGCCGCCUUCUCCAUCUGCACCUACCUGGGCUGCUGCCUGCCUUUCGUGCUGCUGGACGUGCUGUGCCCCUGGGUGCCCGCGCUGCGGCGCCACAAGAUCCACCCGGACUUCGCGCCUUCAGCGCGGCAGCUGCUGCCCUGCCUGGCGCAGACCCUUUACCAGCACGCCGUGUUCGUGUUCCCCGUGACGCUGCUGCACUGGGCCCGCAGCCCGGCCCCCCUACCCCCCGAAGCCCCCGGGCUGCUGGAGCUGGUGCGCCACGUCGGCUGCUGCCUGCUGCUCUUCGACGCCGAGUUCUUCGCGUGGCACGUGCUGCACCAUCGGGUGCCCUGGCUGUACCGCACGUUCCACAAGGUGCACCACCAGAACGUGGCGUCGUUCGCGCUGGCCACGCAGUACAUGAGCGUCUGGGAGCUGUUUUCCCUGGGCUUUUUCCACCUGCUGAACGUCACGCUGCUGGAGUGCCACCCGCUCACCGUGCUGGUCUUUAACGUGAUCAACAUCUGGCUGUCGGUGGAGGACCACUCGGGCUACGACUUCCCGUGGUCCACGCACAGACUCGUGCCCUUCGGCUGCUACGGCGGCGUGGAGCACCACGACCUGCACCACUCGCAGUUCAACUGCAACUUCGCCCCCUACUUCACGCACUGGGACAAGCUGCUGGGGACCUUCCGGUCCGCACACGGCAAGUGACGCGCGCGCCCCCCCCCGGCGGGGUGGGUGCCCUUGGCACCCUGGGCACUUAGCACUUGAAUCAGGACAGACGCACCUGAGCCUUUGUGUUGUUUUGUUUUUGUAAGUAAUUUAUUACCUGAUGGAGAUUUGUGGGUAAAGUCUGAUAUAUUUUCACAGCCUGACCAAGUAAUUUAUAUUGUUUUUGUGUACUGAGGAUUGGACUCGGAGUCGAAUUCUAGCUCACUUCGGAAGCCUUAAUUCUCGGAUAUGUUAGACACUCAUCAUUGGCAUAUUUAAAUCAUCUCUAAAGUGACUUGUUUGUAGGACAAGGACUUUCUUAUUUUUGAAAGUGUCACAGAAAUAGGCUAAACGAACAUAUUUUUAUGGAGACUGAGCAAUGAAACAUAUCCCUGCUGGACAGUGAUCACAGUCAUUGUACUUUCCCCCUGUUUUUUUCAUGUAACUGUAUAUUUAUAUUGAACGAAAUGUUAUUUGUGCCUUAAAAAUGAAAAAAAAAUCCAACCUAAAUCAUACAA